GAUCCCAAUUGUCAUCACAGAUCGCUUUUGUAAACCGAGAAGGGAGAGAGAGAGGGAGAGAUCCAGAAAUAAUUUCAGACACCUUGAUUGAGGUCCGUAACACGCCAAACUUCCCGCCAUUUCAUCCCUCAAGAUCGUAGCUUCUCCUCCACCUUACAGUCGCGCUCUUCUUCUUCUUCUUUUUCUCAUGUGAAAUGGAGAAGCCAUGAAUGCGGAGAAGAGAACGCUGAAGAGAAAGGCUCUCGCCGAUUGCACCAACACCGUCGCUUCUCGCCCCUCCUCCGUCUCCUCCUCCUCAAAAGUACCGCCCUCUCUUCUCAAUCCCUCUAAGCCCCCUCCUCUCACGUUGCCCGAUGCCAUCAACCUUGACGCUCCCAUUGCCUCCUUCAUCAAUGCUCGAAACCCUAGCACUUCUCGACGCCGCACUUGUACUUCUACCUCUGCAUUCAGCCAGAGAGAGAGUGCAAAGGAAAUAAAAAAGAAGAGGACACUGAAUGAAACUGUUGAAUGCAUAGAUGCCGAAGACUCUUCUAUUCCACAUCUACCACUAGAAUCUUCACAUAAUCCUCCCUCAGCAUGCAAUCAAAGCCAGACUGCUGAGGAAAUAAAAAAUAAGGGAAAGACAAUGGUUGAACCCUUUGAACCCAUCAAUGGCCCCUCUACUCCUCAUGGACAGCCAGAAUCUUCAUAUAAUCUGGGGAAGACAGUGAAUGAACCCCUUGAACCCAUCAAUGGCCCCUCUACCCCUCAUGUAGAAUUGGAAUCUUCAUAUAAUCAAGGUACUGCUGAUUCUGUGGUCCUCAAGUCUUCCAUACUUUACAGUCGAAGGCAGCCUGCAGGGAAAAGGAAGACCACAGGGAAGGCAGUGGCUGUAACUAUGAGUGCCCCUCCCAUGAAGAGGAUCAACAGGACUGGGGUCAAACUUAACGAAGCUGGGGAAACUCGUUUAUCCAAGUCAUGCACAGUUCGUUGGCAAAAACAUAAGAAGAAACUGGAUUCCUGGCAGCCUGAGGAAGGGGUUUCUGAACCUGCCUUACCACGAGACUUUAUAGAGAAGCAGAGAGCUUACUUUGCAGAGGUUGAUGCAUUUAAACUGCCAGUGGAAGAAGUUUCUGAUAGUGAGUUGGAGUAAAUACAAUAGGAAGGUAGUUUUAUACUUCAAAUGGAUGGUAUGGUGGUAAGGUGCCAUGUCCCCUUUGACACCUACUGUAUAGUUUCAAUAGCAUGCUCCAGGAAUUAUAUGGGGGAAAAAAAAACUCACCUAUCAUAUUGUUAAGUGGUUUGUAAUGUUUUCUCCAUGCGGAGUGUAGUGUACAUGGGGUGUUGUAAUUUUCAAAAAAAAUGAAGUUGAUUCUUUCAACACAAAACAAUUGAUUGAUUCCCCAAGUUGAUCAAA